AUGGAGCAUAAAAUUGAAUGGGUACUUUAUCCUUUUAAAAUUCACAAAAAAGAUGACGCACUUUUAUUUAGAUUGGAAAAUGGAUUUGAAAUGCGUUUUACAAGGGACAUUUUCUCAAAACGAGUAUACUCAACACAAGUAGAGUUAUAUAGAAAUGUAAUUGAACUAGAAAUUACAAAUGAAAAGGUGAAAAUAAUUUCUCAGAUACAAAAAAUUAACAAAUUUGAAACGCCCGCUGAUUUUUAUGUUCCAAUUGUACAAAGUACUCGUGAAUUUUACGAAUCAAUCCAUUCUUCUUUAAUUAAUAGUAAUUUGAAUGUCUUAUUAGAAAAAUCUAUUGAGGUGAAAAAAUACAUCAGAGAAAAAGGAUUUCCCGAAAUACCCUUACCAAUUACAACAACAUCCUCCCACUUCGAGAACUUUGAUUCUGCAGUUUGCAAACAUGAUAAUUUUCCAAGAAUACCGAUUAAACGGGUAAAGUAUGGUGAGAUGAUUCCAGAUUCGUAUCCUGAAGAAUCAUUUCAGUUACUCAAGAAAUAUCUCACCAAAGAGCAAUUUGAAUUACAAGAUUCAUUUUACAGAAGUUUCUUUACAUCAACAUCAAUUGCUAGGUUCAAAGCAGUCGCCAACCAAUACGAAAAAUGCAAAUUACUAUUUAAACAGUCAAUAAGUUUGAAUAUGCUAAAGCGAUGUAUCGGCUUACAUGCCUAUUUUACUACAUCUGGCCCUUGGAGAAAGUGUUGGAUACGUUUUGGAUUUGAUCCUUCUCUAGAUCAAAAUUGUUACCAGUUUCAGCUGGUUGAAAUGAGAUCUAAAAAAGCAAGUUUUCAAAUAUUUCAGAGACCUGAAAUUAUAGCAGAAGUUAGUAAGAAUAAAGAAUGGUAUUUGCUCAAGGAAUGUGAUCCUAUUGAUGGGUUUAUUUCUAAAGCCUUGAAAAAUUUUAUAAUUUACACAGUUGAUAACGUCGGAGUUAAAGAAAUAGACAAGAAGAUUGAAGAAAUGUUGGACUCUGACUUUGAGCUCUUUGAAAUGUAG